UGGGAAGUCCCGGAAGUGAGGGAGGAGGAGGGGGCGGCACGUCGUCAACUGAUAGUCGGAUGUUACAUGUGGCUCUUCAACCUACGGGGAACAAAAAUAUAUUCCCCGUCACCUUUUCUCAUGUUAGACCGUUCGGAGCACGGGGCGGACUCUGCUCCACAGCACACCCGCAGAUAGGUGGUGUUCGCCCGCAGCUCGGCGCCAAAGAGACGCGGAACUAACCCGACAUUUUGUCAAAGAGGCCAAAAGAGAUUUACCGGGCGGCUGGCUGGAGAGUUAGUUCGCUUGAGUACCUGGGAGAGACGGCAGGAAUUUGAAAGCCGGCGAAAAAGAGGAGCAGGCGGGCCGGAAGGAAGGACAAGAUGCCGCUGGCUCAGCUGGCCGAUCCCUGGCAGAAGAUGCCGCUGGGGGGGACGCCGGGAGAGGAUGCUCAUAACGACCUGGAAGACUCCGUGGGCGACGACGACGCCGCGCUGCCCUGCGCUGAUGACGUGCCCAUCAAGGAGAUCAGCAUCACUCACCUCGUGAAGGAGGGAUGCGAGAAGGCCGACCCUCGCCAGUUCGAGCUGCGCAAAGUCCUGGGACAAGGCUCCUUUGGCAAGGUGUUCCUGGUGAGGAAGAUCACGGGUCCUGAUGCCGGACAACUGUACGCCAUGAAAGUCCUGAAGAAAGCUACACUGAAAGUGCGUGACAGGGUCAGAACGAAGAUGGAGAGAGACAUCCUGGUGGAGGUCAACCAUCCCUUCAUCGUCAAACUGCACUACGCGUUUCAGACAGAGGGCAAGCUCUACUUGAUCCUGGACUUCCUGAGAGGGGGAGACCUCUUCACCCGGCUUUCUAAAGAGGUGAUGUUCACGGAGGAGGACGUGAAGUUCUACCUGGCAGAACUUGCCCUGGCUCUUGAUCACCUUCACGGCCUGGGCAUCAUUUACAGAGACCUCAAGCCUGAGAACAUCCUGCUGGAUGAGGAUGGACACAUCAAGUUGACAGACUUUGGCCUCAGCAAGGAGUCCAUCGACCACGAGAACAAGGCCUACUCCUUCUGUGGGACGGUGGAGUACAUGGCGCCGGAGGUGGUCAACCGGCGAGGACACACACACAGUGCGGACUGGUGGUCGUACGGCGUCCUGAUGUUCGAGAUGCUGACGGGAACGCUGCCGUUUCAAGGGAAAGACCGCAAAGACACCAUGACCAUGAUCCUCAAGGCCAAGCUGGGAAUGCCACAGUUUUUAAGCUCGGAAGCCCAGAGUCUCCUCAGGAACCUUUUCAAACGCAACCCCUCCAACAGAUUAGGCGCGGGCCCAGAUGGCGUGGAGGAGAUCAAGAGGCACCACUUCUUCAGCACUGUCGACUGGAAUAAACUCUUCCGCAGAGAGAUCUCGCCGCCCUUCAAGCCCGCCGCGGCACGGCCCGACGACACCUUCUACUUCGACCCGGAGUUCACGGCGAAAACGCCCCGAGACUCUCCUGGAGUCCCGCCCAGCGCCAACGCCCAUCAGCUGUUCAGAGGAUUCAGCUUUGUGGCGAUAACCGAAGAGGAGACGACACAACCCAUGCCCAACACAAUUGUUCAGGUAGACACACUCGCGCUAAACGAGCCUCGUUACGUAAUCGCUCCGCUACCCGCCCAACGACCACACACUUUGUGCGCCCGCCUGCAGCAGCUCCACAGAAGCACGUCGCAGUUUUCCGACACCUACGACGUCAAAGAGGAAAUCGGCGUGGGCUCGUACUCCAUCUGCAAGCGCUGCGUCCACAAGGGCACCGGCAUGGACUACGCCGUCAAGAUCAUCAACAAGGCCAAGCGAGACCCCACGGAGGAGGUGGAGAUCCUGCUGAGAUACGGCCAACAUCCCAACAUCAUCACGCUGAAAGACGUCUUCGACGACGGCCGCUCCGUCUUCCUGGUGACGGAGUUAAUGAAGGGCGGCGAGCUGCUGGACAAAAUCCUGCGCCAGAAGUUCUUCUCGGAGCGGGAAGCCAGCGCCGUUCUCUUCACCAUCACCAAGACGUUGGAGUACCUACACGUGCAGGGGGUGGUGCACCGAGACCUGAAACCCAGUAACAUCCUCUACGUGGACGAGAGCGGGAACGCCGAGUCCAUCAGGAUCUGUGACUUCGGCUUCGCCAAGCAGCUGAGGGCUGAGAACGGCCUGCUCAUGACGCCGUGUUACACCGCCAACUUUGUCGCUCCGGAGGUUCUUAAGAAGCAAGGUUACGACGCGGCCUGCGACAUCUGGAGUCUCGGCGUUCUUCUCUACACAAUGCUGACGGGCUUCACUCCAUUCGCCAACGGCCCGGAGGACACGCCCGAGGAGAUUUUGGCUCGGAUUGGCAGCGGGAAGUUCUCGCUCACCGGAGGAUACUGGAACUCUGUGUCUACUGAAGCCAAGGACCUGGUGUCCAAGAUGCUACACGUGGACCCCCACCAGCGGCUGACGGCGGGCCAGGUCCUCCGCCACCCAUGGGUGACGCACCGGGACCAGCUGCCCAAGUACACCUUGAACAGACAGGACGCCCCACACCUCGUCAAGGGAGCGAUGGCCGCCACGUACUCGGCCCUCAACAGGAACGUCCCGCCGGUGCUGGAGCCGGUGGGCUGCUCCACUCUGGCCCAGCGUCGAGGCGUGAAGAAGCUCACCUCCACCGCUCUGUGACCACACCCCCCAUCCCCCCAUUCCCCUUUCUCUCCGCCCCGCGCCCCCCGUCCUCGCGUAACGUCAACUCUGACCUCAGUCCAGUCCAGCUGGACAGACUACUGAUGGAACCUUGGAACCGCUAACGCCAAAAAAGAAGCACAUCGGGACCCCCGCACCUUAACGGACUCUGUCUGGCCUCGGCCGCAGUUUUGCUUCGGACAAUCAGGACAGGAAGUGCGUGUGUAAAACACGACGACGGCAGGAAGACAAUAAUCCAACAUUAGCAUUUAAAGACGUAGGAUGGUGUUUGCUUUUAUCGUCGUCAUGGUUACGGGGCUCCGCUAGAAAGGAAAGUCAUCUCAACUCUUCAUAUAUAUAUACACACAUAUAUAUAUAUUUUUAUGUCUUUCUUUUCCUCCUUUGCCGUUUUGGCCAGGCGCCAUCUUCCAGCAAUCACACGACAGGAAGUGGACUUUGUCCCAUAUUUGAUUGGCAGGUGUGGAGGGCGGAGCCGACCAAAUGAAGCCCCACGCUAUUUUGACACCGUGACGUCACACAUAUGCAAAGCAGUUAUCGACGCAACAUUUUUUAGCUCCCUCGCCGGAGAGUGUAGCGGGGGCCAAAUAAUCCUGAGGCCGUGUGAUUUAUGCAAGAACAAAUAGCGUAGACUUUGAAGCACUCCAGGUGUCAUCGAACCAGACUUUGGGACGUUACCCGGAUUUUAGGCGUCCACAACUUCCUCUCUGACGUUGCUAACUUCUACAAAUAAAAACAAAAAUCUCAGGUUUUAUUUGCGACGACGAGCACAAGCCCGUGAUCCGCACCCCGUUUUCUCGACAAAUGUUGGUGUCAUCAGCGCCCCCCGGCGGUGGGUGUCAGACAGUGCACAUGCCCUCCCAGUCAGCAGGGGGCAGGGUUACGAGGCAAGAUUGGCGCCCAGCGCUUCCAGGUGCUCGGGUUUCUCGUUCGGCUUCAACCAACCACUUUUUAAUCAUGGACGUGUAGGACAGAAUGGGUAAUCUGUCUCCGCACAGCUCUGGGAACAAGGAAUGUAAAAAAAAAAAAAAAAAAACGAAAAAAAUAGCUAAUUAUUUCUGUAAUUAUAAGCGUCUUCUGUCAUCUUCCUCUUCCUUGUUGAUCCGGCCUAAUUAGGCGUGUUCAGCACCUUUUUCUGUUCUGUUUUUUUUUACCUGCAGGGAGACUUUCUAUGAAAAAAUAAAAAUAAUAAUAAGCUGA